AUAUCUCCUGUAAUUUAUUAUUUUUAUUAUAUGUAGUAUUUACUUUUUCUACAAAGUAUUCUACAUCAUUUAUUAAUUGAAAUAUAAGUUUCGUAGAAAGAUGUGUGAACGAUAACUAGGAAAUCGUGUACAAUAUAGUUAAAGACUUACACAUAACCUCUGUAUCUUCAAUAAUAAUUUAAAUAUAUUCAGCGAUUUUUAACAUGUAUACAGGGCUACAGAAAUCCUUACCUAACUAUUCUACAAGUAUUCUAAAAACUGUUAUAAGAAAAUGUGCGAGUAUCACGCUGAAUGAUGCGGAAAAUGUGAUCUAUCCUCCUAUUUUGGAUUUAUCCCAUCGUGCUAAGAUUAAGAGGAAACAUGAAAAGUGGCAUAAUAAAAUUAAAAAAUUAGAAACUGUAGAGGAAAAAUUAAUUGGUAUAAAUAUGCCACAUUACUAUGGUUGGAAAUCCUUAUGUUUAGAAGAAGGAAAUAUUCCAUACAAUUCAUUGAAACAUGCUCAAUACAUUACACGUACUCAUGUUACAAAUGAUAAUAAAUUACCGGACUUUUACGACUCAAUGAUCACAACUGACAAAUUAGAUGCUCUGGUACAAACUAUUAAAAAUCAUAUAGAAAAUGUUAUUAUUUUUGAAUAUAAUCAUAGAUUAAAGAAGCAAGAAAUAACAGAGGAAGUGGAAAAUAUUAAAGAGAAAUUGCUAAACGAUGCUGUUACAAAUGCACUUGUUUUUCAAAUCAAUCGAAUAAUGCUGUCCAGUUUAUCUUCGGUGACACCACAUUUAUUGGAAACUGAAGUAGAUUUUAAACCAAGAAUAGAAGCAUUUUGGUUCGCAGGUGACGUAGAACGGCCGACUCUACAGAGAAAAGCAAGAGAGGGGAUAAAAAGUUUGAAAAAAUAUGUAAAUGAUCCAAUAAAUAUGCCUGUUCAAUAUGUUGGUUCUCCAAUUCUACAAUUAAGACAUCAAUUUCCUUUAAGGGAGAUUGUUUCUCCAAUAUACUCUGCUAAUCCAGAAUUAAGUAUUCCUGAGUUCAAAUUUGAUCCUAGGGUACUAAGUUAUAAGUUUUCGUACAAACAUGCAACUAAUAUACCUGGUUUCUGGCCUGGUGAUCCUGCUGAAUUUGGUUUGUUAUCUUAUCACAAUAUAAGUAAUUUAUUUUUUGAUUCAAAGAUUAAGGAAGAAGAAGCAAUUACCGUGCAAGCUAUUUUUGCAUCUUAUAGUUGGUUGUUAUCGCAGGCUUGUUAUCAAGGCUUUUCUACGUUCAACGAUAUAUUAUAUCCAUUAGUAUCGCAAACAAUUUUGACAAACGGUCAAUAUUGGUCCUUUUGCGUUUACCAGUUGAACACCACUUUAUUACAUUGGGAAUAUGCAGAUAACAAUCCUAUGCGUAAUAUAUGUUGGAUAACAGAACCAAUGAUGUUGUUCGAUAAAAUAGAGGAUGGAAAAAUUCAAGGGUUCAACGAAGAUGUUUUAAAAAACUUGAUCACAUUUUAUAUCAAUAUGCCUGCAGCACGAAGUAAUGAAAAUAUGAAACCAUACUUAGGUGAAUCUGUAAAAUAUGUUGCUGACAUUACUGAUCCCGAACGAAGAGCGUGGUUAGAAACAAGAUUUAAGCACCUUACGUCUAAUAGGCCAAGACAUCAAUUAAAGCCUGAAAUAUAUCAGUGGCAGAAAAUAUAUAUGAUUGAUAACCCUACUCGCCCUAUCGAUAAGAAACGUGACCCGUGGGAGUUUGGUUACUCGCCUGCGAAACGAAGAUUAAAUCAGCAUCAGCCGGCUUAUAUACCAAGAUGUUUAAGAGAAAAUCCAAAACAGAGAAAAGUAGGACGUUGGGCGAAAACAUAUUAUCCAAAUGCAUAAACCACUAGGCUUAUGUACCUUGAAUAUAAAUGUUGUAUUAAUAAGAAAUAAAGAAAACAGUUAUCAGUUAAA